AUGUCGAGCAAAUCUAUUGGAGCAGAACGCAGUGGAAGCGGCGACUCGAUGAAGCUAGCAAAAUCUCGUGGCCCUACGCAUACGAUGACCAACAUCAAAAAGCAAGCACAUGCCAAAGUUAUGGAAGUGGUGAGGCCGAGCUCGAGAUGCGGUGGAACUCAUUCCGGCUGGGCUCUUUAUGGUGGUGCUGGUGGUGACAGCGGAGGAUAUGGUGGUGCUGGUGGCGGCGAUGGUGGCGGUGGUGGUGGUUGA